GUGGAGGGAGACAGCUGACCCAGCAGUAACUAGCGAGUGUUGGUGGAGGGAGACAGCUGACCCAGCAGUAACUAGUGAGUGUUGGUGGAGGGAGACAGCUGACCCAGCAGUAACUAGUGAGUGCUGUGGAGGAGCAAGACCAACACAGCAGGAUGGCCGGAACUAUAAUGACGGCACUGAGGGCCAUUACUGUGGAACCUGUCAUGCUCGUCGACGGAGCGUGCAAAGAGGCCAUGCUCCUCUUCAUCGAGAAUGUUCAGUUGAACAAGAUAUGCUCCGUCAACUUCGGGCUCCCCCCACAUGUAUGCGCCAACUUGUCGGCUCAUCCGGAGGAGAGUGUGCGCGUCCAGCGAGAGUUCUCAGUCUUCACCUUCUACAACAGCAUCAUCUUGUCUGUGUUGCCUCUCGUCUUUGUCCUCUUCAUGGGAGCCUGGAGUGACAAGUAUGGACGGAAGAUUCCCAUGUUGGUCACACUGGUGGGUCACGUGCUGUACGCUGGGGGCUACCUGCUGGCCAACUGGCAGACCAGCUGGCCGGUGGAGGUGAUCUACUUUGUAACGUUCCUCGAGGCCUUGGGAGGCACUAAUGCCGGCAUCCUGUCCUCUACCGUCAGCUACAUCAGUGACAUCAGCAAGGAAGCUCAGCGCACGUCUCGCAUCAGCACUGCCAACUCCAUGUGGUUCUUAGGUGGCCCUAUUGGCACUCUGAUUGGCGCUCUGGUCAUCAAAUACAGCGGCUAUGACUUGGCUCUGGGCCUCGUCCUGAUUGCCUACUUCCUCACAGCUCUUUACGUGGUGGUCUUCAUCAAGGAGAGUCACGGACCCUUCGCCAAGAAGGAGCUUCAGGCUAAAGGCUCCAUCAAGGACGACUCGAGCUUGCCGAUUAAGAAAGUGUCAAUUGCCACAAUGGUGGCAGACUUCUUCAACUGGAGGCGCGUUGUGGAGUCGUUCAAGACAGCCUUUAAGAAGCGUGACGGCAAUGCCAGGACGGUCUUGUUAGCUGUGAUGGCCGGCAAUAUGAUGCGACGAAUGGCCAGAGGAUUCUUCAUGUACCUGUUCGUCCGCCGGACCUUGCACUGGGACGCUACCGAGUACGGCUACUGGAUCACCUACCGCAACCUGAUGGCAGCCCUCGGUUCACUGUUCCUGGUGCCGUUCCUGACGCGGCUCCUGUCCUUCACUGACGCCUCGCUGGUGGUGGCCGGGGCCGUGUCCAUGAUCGGGGAGUAUCUAUGUUAUGGUCUGGUCAAUGGCCCUCCCCAGGAAUUCCUCAUCUGGCUGGGACCGCCAGCAGGCCUAAUCUCUAACGCAAUUGUGAUCGCAUUCAAGUCCAUGUCCACCAAACUUGUCACCACCGAGGAGAAAGGUCGCAUCAACGCGGUGAUGGCGGCCCUCAACGGUCUGAUGCCCAUGAUGGGCUACGCCGUCUACUCUCCUCUCUACUACAACACUGUCGACACCUUCCCCGCUGCCCAGUUCUUCUUUGCUGCCAGUCUCAACGUCAUCAUCAUGGUCACUUUCAUCGUGGUGGAAGUGGUGCGUCAUACGUCUUCCCACGACGCAGAGGACCUGGAAGCCGGAAGUAAGACGCAUGGAGUUUGGAUCACAGAGCUCUUCAAGAAGAGGCCGUCUGCCACUGUCAGUUCCGUUGCUAGAACUCUGAACAGUGUGAGAAAAAGACGCACAUCCCAGAAAUGCGAAGAGACGUCUACCCCAAUCCCACGAGAGACGUCUACCUCAUCCCCACAAGAGACGUCUACCUCAACCCCACAAGAGACGUCUACCUCGAGCCAACAGGAGACGACUCUUACUAACCUCCAAUCAUCCACCAGCCCCCUGGAGACAUCCUCCGCGCUCCACGCCUCCAUCGAUGAAAACACUGAGGCAGCUGUUGCUUCAGGUGACAACAGGCCGCCAACAGUGGGAAGCAAGAGUCUGAAAAGUGAGGCAAAUGAGGCAAGAGAUACCACAAAGAAGCAAGAAGCACCCGGGUGCUACGCAAGCGGAUUAAGCGACGCAGAGAUCACAGCGUCGGAAAGGUUACCAGCGGAGAAUAUCGCCGAGAACGAGGCCGUUCGAGACUCAUCACACAAUAAACACAAAACCCAGUGACAAGCGAGCACAAACACACCAAAAUGAGCAGCAGUAUUUUUUUCCGUUGAUUUAAGCAGGUACUUGUGCAAACAGUGGUUAGCAGAGGCGAUUCAUAACAGAAUAGACCCGAGUUCGAUUCCCGGGCAGGACGAGACAUCUGCGCAUAUUUCCUUUGUUCACCUAGCAGUAAAUACACAUGAAUUAGACAACUGUUGUGACUUAUAUCCUGAAGAUAGUAAGUCCUUGGCCUAGGGGUACCUUACACCUGAUGCCUUUGUUCACCUAGCAGUAAAAACAGGUACCCGGGAGUUAGUCAACUGUUGUGGAUUGCAUCUUCCUCUCCCCUGACAAUGGGCAACUAUACAGAGUUGGCCCAUUUUGGUGAGUUACCCCUACAUACAGUUCUCUUACCGUGACCAACACGGACCAGCCUCCAGGGGACUGAGGACAAAUAUUUAUAUCCUGUAGCUCAUAUGUAAUUACAGUACAUUAUAUAUUUUAUUUAUUUUCUAUUGUGUGACUAACUCUAACACACAUUUGUAUAUAUUUUAUCAAAGAUAUUUUCCAAAGAAG